GAGGUCUCCGUUCCAAUACACUGUGCUUACACUACCUCUUUGCCAGAAAUCUACGCAAUACACCGCACGCCCCAAGAUGAGCUUUCCAGAUGUCACUUCAAGCCAGGUAGCGUUCAAAGAGGCGGUCGCGGCUCUCAUCCAAGCAAUUCACAACCACCCCGACUAUCAGGAGCCCCUCCUCUACGUCGACUUGGAAGGCGUUAACCUCUCUCGCCGGGAGCAUCUCCAUAGUGAUCAUCUACGUCUAACCAAAACAUCACGUAUACCCCGUGGACGUACACACGCUGCAAUCAGCGGCCUUCACCGGCGAGGCACGAAGCGGGUCAACGCUCCAAUCCAUCUUCGAGUCGCCAUCGAUCACCAAAGUCUUCUUCGACAUCCGGUACGACUCGGACGCGCUAUACACACACUUCGGGAUCCGGCUCGACGGGGUGGAAAACGUGCAGCUUAUGGAGCUCGCGGCCCGCCUCGACUUCGCGAGAUUUACAUGGCGCAGGUGGAAGAGUCCUGGCGGGAUCUGGUGGCCAACCAGACGACCCUGCGCGUGCUCCGGUUGAGAUGCAGAGCCUGGAGGAAAUGGAUCGGGAUAUCAGUGCUUUGGAAUGGAAGCCUGGUGGGGAAUCUGUACCGCUUGACCCUCAAUUCACGGCGUAUGUCAGACAGGUUCUCUGGUAGGAUAUGGGUACCUGGGCUUUUGGAUUGAAGUGCGCAUGUUAUGCACCGUCAAAGGUGGUGGAGAAUCAAGCGGCCGGCUGCAAGAUGGAUGUUUUUACACCCUGUAUAUUGGUCAGGAACAUCAAAUAUCAAAGAAGGCGCUUGGUUGUUGCUGAUUCUUCACCGGAGCCGAAUAUUCAUAUGCCAAUGUGUUUC